AUGGCUUCUUCUCCUUGGGCAGUUGUAGGCGAUUUCAAUCAGAUUCUGGAUUCAUCAGAGAACUCUUCUGCCUCUGCUGCUUACUCAACUCGUGGCAUGAGGGAUUUUCUUAAUUGUACUAUCUCAGCUGCUCUAUCCGACCUGCCUUAUUGUGGAAACUCGUUUACAUGGUCUAAUAAUCAAGGUCUCACGGUCAUCUCUAAAAAGCUUGAUCGAAUUCUGGUAAAUGAUGUUUGGCUUUCUUCUUUUCCUGAUUCUCUUGGUGUGUUUGGAGACCCGGGUAUCUCAGAUCACAGUCCAUGCUGUAUCUUCCUUGAUGCCUCCAAGCCCAAAGUCAAACAUCCAUUUAAGUUCUACACCAUGCUAAAUGACAAUCCAGAGUUUCAUGAAAUCAUCUCUGAGUGCUGGAACUCCUUACCGUUUGAAGGGACAUUUAUGCUUAGGGUGUCUAAGAAAUUAAAAGAAUUGAAGAGCAUCAUCAGAACUUUUAGCAAAGGAAAUUACUCAGGGAUAGAAAAAAGAGUUUCUGAAGCUUUUGAUGUUCUUACUCACUGUCAGCGUGUUCUCCUAUCUUCUCCUACACCUCAAGCCGGCUUGGAAGAAAGGAAAGCUUAUGAAAAAUGGUCCCUGCUUGCCAAGGCUGAAGAAUCUUUCUACCAUCAGAGAUCACAUGUAACUUGGUUAGACAAGGGCGACUCUAACACACCCUUUUAUCACCGAUUCGUAAGAGUACGGAAUUCCAUCAAUCAGAUUUUGUUCCUCAAGGAUGAUCUCGGUAAUAUUAUUGACACCAAGGAAGGGAUAAUGAAUCAUGCUAUGGAGUAUUACGAGAAUUUGCUUGGUAGAUAUUCACCUCCAACAACAUCCACCUUGGAUGAUAUCUCCCACCUUCUCGACUAUAGAUGCCCUCAUGCUGUGUCUGAAGCUCUUCUAACCCCUGUUUCUCCCUUGGAUAUUCAACAAGUUUUCUUCUCCCUGCCAAAUAACAAGGCGCCUGGUCCUGACGGUUAUCCAGUAGAGUUCUUCACUUCUCAUUGGAAAACUGUUGGAGGAGAUAUGAUUUUGGCAGUAUAG